AUGGUCAAGCUUGGUCGACAUGUCCUCACUGCAGCCCUUCUACUGCGCAGCGUCGCCUCCGCCGACGUCGCCAUCGAGACAUCUCAGCCCGCUUCCCCUUCUGCCACCGCCGCGACGAUAAGCACCGUGUCCUCCGCGUCAACCUGCCGAUCGCGCACUAUCAACUACAUCACUCAUAGACUACCACAGCAAUGCCUCAAGACUUCUUGGUCGGCAAGCGCGUCUGCCACUCCCUUGUCCGACUCGGAUUCCAGGCCAUCGGAGUCCGAUCCAAAACCAGUGACGACCGAGGACGAACAAGGGAUUGUACAUAAGAGUAACGGCACCGCGAGAGCACCACAGGCUAUCCUGGAUGCGCCGGACGUCUCUGCCAACUCACCAUCAUCCUCCGAGGUCGUCGUCGACACGGCAACAUCCGCGUCGGAGGCUGCACCGAGCACCUCCACUGACGCGGAGGCUGAAGCUGAGGCCGAGGCCGAUUCGCCUUUAGACAAUGCAAACUUCCUGUCCUUCGAAGAAUGGAAAAAGCAGAACCUGGCAAAGGCAGGGCAAUCUCCGGAGAACGUUGGGCAAGGCCGCGCUUCUGCCGGCAAUCAAGAACGGAAACCCAGGCCAGCAGUUGACCAGAACAGUGCAACGAAAGAGGCCCCCCCAAGUUACCGGCCCCGGAGCAAGGAUGCCGGAAAGACAUGCAAGGAACGCUUCAACUACGCCUCGUUCGACUGCGCAGCCACUGUGUUAAAGACUAACCCUCAAUGCAAAAGUUCAUCGUCACUCCUUGUUGAGAACAAGGAUAGUUACAUGCUCAAUGAGUGCGCCGCACAGAACAAAUUUGUCAUUGUCGAACUGUGUGAUGACAUCCUUGUUGAUACUGUAGUUCUCGCCAACUUCGAGUUUUUCAGCUCGAUGUUCCGCACUUUCAGAAUCAGCGUCUCGGAUCGUUAUCCGGUGAAGUUGGAAAGAUGGAAAGAGCUCGGGAUUUUUGAGGCCAGAAACAGUCGAGAUAUACAGGCAUUCUUGGUGGAGAAUCCCCUGAUAUGGGCUCGUUACUUGAGGAUCGAGUUCCUUUCGCACUAUGGCAACGAAUUCUAUUGCCCGGUAUCCCUGCUCAGAGUACACGGCACCACUAUGAUGGAAGAGUUCCGUCACCAAGAAGAAGCGGCUAGAGGUGAAGACGACAAUGACGAAGUAGUCGAAACGGAGGGACAGGUGAUCCAGGCUGUCCAUGCCUCGCCGCAGGACAAGGCAACUGUCACUGAGAAUGUUCCUGAUGUCGAGACGAGCAAAGCCUCUGACACCGGAGUUGGAACUUCGGAAAAUCAAUCGGCCUCGCAGCCAUCUGCAGACCCAAGCAGAUCAUCUGCGGCUACGCAGCCGCCAGCGGCGCAACCGACGACACAGGAGAGCUUUUUCAAAUCCAUCCACAAACGUCUGCAAAUGCUCGAAUCGAAUUCGACCUUGUCGCUCCAGUACAUCGAAGAGCAAUCUCGUAUCCUUAGGGAUGCGUUUUCGAAGGUGGAGAAGCGCCAAUUGGGGAAGACGGAAAAGUUUCUGGAUCAUCUUAACAACACAGUCAUGGCCGAGUUGGUUAGCUUCCGCCAACAGUACGACCAGCUCUGGCAAUCGACGGUGAUUGAGCUUGAAAACCGCCGCGAGCAGCAUGAACGGGAAAUGCUGGCCAUCAGCGCUCGGCUGACACUUCUCGCCGAUGAAUUAGUUUUCCAGAAGCGCAUGGCCGUUGUCCAGUCAACACUCAUUUUGCUCUGUCUUGGGCUUGUGCUGUUUGUGCGGUCAGGGAGCAGUUACCUGGAACUACCGCUUGUGCAACAGAUGAUGCAUAAGUCACAGAGCGCACUGCGCCUGCAAUUCGACAGCCCUUCCAACAGCCCGCCUCGAAACCGACAUCGGCGCAAUUCGUCGUCUGGAGAUGGCCGCAAGCGGUUCCGCAUCUUCGGAUUGGGUAACGGGAGCCUGUCGGACGCCUCUCCCGAGGGGCCUCGCAGUCCAACGCUGGAGUUCUCACCGCCAACGCCGACGUCUGACGAGAGCAAGUCGUCCGGGUCACGCAGCGGGUCGGUCGACGGCGGGCUGGAGCCGUUGCGGCAGACGCAGAGCGGGCCGUCGACGCCAAGUGGUUUGCGGGACGCUCAGGCGAGCUGGAUGGACUCAAGCGAAGGCGAUCUCAGGCCGUUGGCUGGCGGAGGGCAGGCUUCGAGCAGGCGGAGAAGUCCGCUCAGGAGCGGGGAGAGCGUUGACGACUUUUAUGAGGAUGGCCAGAGCGGCAACGACAGCCGCAAGGCUAGCGCAGAUCCCAAUCAGCUUGGAGAUUCGGGUGGGUCUGUGUCAGACUCGGGAUCCGACUGCGUUCAUGAUGUCUCGGAUUAAGCUAACGAGCACGACGGAAACGAUCGCGUGGAACUUAAUGGGCCCUUAGAUAAUGUGUAACACGAUUGCCGCCGUACAAUAUAAGAUGGGAGGGCCCCGCCGCCGCGGCCGCCGCCACCCCUCGCGAGAAGUGAGGCUGGCGCGACGAUGCAGUAAUGAUGCAUAAAGGAGAGGAGCAGAGCUAGGAAAAUGGGAAGUGGAGGAUAGAAGGCAAGGUAGUAGUAGGUAGCCGGCAUAACCGCCCCUAAGGCCUCCUCGAUCAAUGCGCGCCGUGUCAGCAGACGGGCGGC